UGGUCUGCCGCACGCAGUGACAAGUUGAGUCCACUCAAAGAUAGCCAGUCAUGUAGCUUUAGUUUGUACUCGGUCUUCAAACACUUUCAGUGGCGAAGCGAACUACAGCAUCGUGUCGUAAUGAUAGAAUUUUUUUUUUUUUAUGGAUCACAUUACGUGUUUUGAGCGGUCGUCGUUUUUGGCGCGCGUUCUUUUGACCUACCAUUUUGGCAGAGCGCGCAACACUCUGAAUGUGACACCUUGGAUCGUUGACGGAUUGGGGAAAAUGCCUCGUCAAAGUUUGUCAUCGUUAAGAAUUCAAACUUUGCAAUUAAUAUAUUUAAGCUUUUGCUAAAUUAAUUUGGAAUGAAUGAAGAAUGCAUAUCGUUUGGGAAAUAUUUUUGAUUUUUCAAGCAUAUUUCAUCUGCACAUCAGCACAGCUAAUUUCACCAAAGAUUCAUGACGGUUGGUGGGCGUACAAAGAUGCUGUCCAAGGGAGCUUUGUUCCAGUACCAUCCUUCUGGGGGCUAGUGAAUUCCGCCUGGAACCUGUGUGCCAUGGGAAAGAGGCAGUCGCCGGUCAACGUCGAGACUAGUCACAUGAUCUUUGACCCCUUCCUCACCCCUCUACGUCUCAACACAGGCGGACGCAGCAAGAUGGGAGGCACCAUGUACAACACAGGGCGCCACGUGUCGCUGCGGCCAGACAAGGCUCACCUGGUGAACAUCUCCGGUGGGCCUCUGGAUUACAGUCACCGGCUGGAGGAGAUCCGCCUGCACUUCGGUAGCGAGGACGGCCAGGGCUCGGAGCACCUGCUCAAUGGACAGUCCUUCCCCGCAGAGGUGCAACUUAUACACUACAACCAGGAACUCUAUGCCAACUACAGUGAGGCAGCCAAGAGCCCCAAUGGCGUAGCUAUUGUGUCCAUAUUUAUAAAGAUAUCCGAGUCUCCAAAUGUAUUCCUGAAUCGCAUGCUGAACAGAGACACCAUCACGAGAAUAACAUACAAACAUGACGCAUUCUUACUCAUGGGGCUCAACAUAGCAGAUCUAUAUCCAGACACUACACGUUUUAUAACAUACGAGGGCUCCAUGACUAUCCCGCCCUGCUUCGAGACAGCCACCUGGAUCCUCAUGAACAAACCUGUGUACGUCACGCAGAUGCAGAUGCAUUCUCUGCGACUGCUAAGUCAGAAUGAGCCGUAUAAGAUAUUCCUCAGUAUGAGUGACAACACGCGGCCCGCCCAGCCUCUCCUGCAGCGCUGUAUCCGCACCAACAUCAACUUCAGCAAGCAGGGCAGGGACUGCCCCAACAACCGUGCCCUGAGGCCCCAGUAUCGAGUAAACCAGUGGCUUCUGAAGUAGGAAAAAUAUGAACAUGCUGUACAACACAACAGGAUGAAAACUAAAUAUUGGAUCCUGAUUCUCAAGACUUUAUUUGAAUGUGGAAAUACUACAUUAUCAGAAGAGAGGCUGUUUUUUUAAUAUGUUGGAGAUUGCAAAGUAAGACAAGGAAAGAUUGAAACUUUUAAGGCUGCACAAAUGUAAUUCUUUUAUAGAGCUUAUGGAAAUGGGCUGUAUGGAAAUUCAGCAGGCUCCGCCAUUUACUGACCUCUGCAGUGGAGAUAACGAGGACCUCUUUUAUGACAUCAUCACCAACAUCAGAUUCACUUGAGCACCCAAAGAUCCCAAAGGACCAACACUUCUUGAAAUGAGCUAACUGUAAUCACAGAUACAACCAUAACGUGUUUUGAUACCAACAGCAUUCCAUCAGAUCUAACAACAAGCUAAGAAUCUGAAUAUGAUAAGAGGGUGCUUCUGGUGAUGAAAGCUUCUACAUAACCAUGUCACAAGCAAAAGGUGUACUGAAUAAAUGUCACAAAUGCAGAAACAUUUCCUGACCAUGUGACCUAACCAGGAAAAACUCUGGACCCCAGAAAACACCAAGGCAUGAGAUGUUCCUGUUCAGGCCACAUAGUCAGGAAACACUCCUAGCCAUAGACUUGGUAGAUCCAGUAUUUUAUACUGUAUUUAUUCAACUUUUCUAGCCAUUUUGGGCCAUUUGCCUUUUCUCUGUUUAAUUGUUUACAAUUUCAUUCACUCUGUUUAUUUAAAUGAUAGCAGCCCAAUUAACAUGUUUCAGAGAAUUAUCUAAGAUAAAAUAACACUUUACAUAAGGCCUAUAUAGUAUAUGCUGUUUAAGAAUUGUAUAUUGUCUAGCACUGAAUAGAGCAUGGGACGUGA